AUGAUUGUAUGUAUAAAAAAACUAUUUUACAAAUUUUUGUCUCUGUCCCUAUUAGUUACGGGGACAUGUUCAUAUUUUAUUAUUUUACUCGAAAAUGCUUAUAGAACAUCAUUUGAUAAAACAUUCACAUUGUUUUUAAUAUCAUUUGUUUAUUUACUUAUAAAUAUUUUAAUUAAAAAUGAUAAACUUGAAUUUAUUGAUUUUAGUUUUAAAAAACAUACUUUUAUAGAAGAUGAAUCUGAACAGAUAGAAGAUUUUAUUGAUUCAGAAGAUUCAAUUGAAAUUCAAAUUAUAAAAAAUGAAGAUAAAAUUAAUUAG